AUGCAGUUCCGAUUCCUUCUGCUCCUUGUCGUGCUCAUCGCUCAAUGCGUGUUUUGUCAAGUCGCUUGGGAAGACGAGAUCGAGGAUCCAUACUCGAAUUCAGCGUAUUACAACAAAUUCGUUGUUCCAAUCCUAUCGGAUAAAAGAUCGUUCGAUCAGAAGAUUCGAAGCCUCAAACAACGGACCAAUGGAGAUCGUGUCAAGCAGAUUCUAUUCGGCUAA